AUGACCUCUAACGCACUGCCCUCUCGUGGCGGCCCAGACAGCAAGGCCGUUACUACUGGCCCCCCCAACCAGACACUGUAUUGUACCAACUUGCCCGAUAAGCGCAUCAGCAAGAAUGAUCUACGAACCUCACUCUACACACUCUUCUCUACUUACGGCACUGUACUCGACGUUGUGGCCAUGAAGACCAGCAAAAUGCGAGGCCAAGCACACAUUGUGUUCAAGGAUGUCCAAGCUAGCACACAGGCCCUGCGGGCGUUGCAAGGAUUCGAAUUCCUUGGGAAACAAAUGAAAAUCGUUUACGGCAAAGGCCAAUCACAUGUCAUUGCCAAGCUUCGCGGCACUUACAUUGCGCCCAAGGACGAUGUACCAGCGCCCGUAUCGAGUGAUCUUCAAAAGUCUAUCUUCAGUGGUCCUCCGGGCGCGCUUCCUACACGACCACCCACCGACGCCAACGGAGAAGGUCAAGGAGUGAAGCGAGCGCGCGAGGAGGAAAGUGAUGAGGAAGGAGCCCCUAUGGACGAGGACAGUGAUGUGCCUAUGGAAGCUUCUUCAGAUGAAGAUUAA